UAAAAUUUUCACUGGGAUGCAAGGAUAGGAGUGUCAACAAAAAUGACAUAAGAUUCAAUGUUGCCAAAGCCAUUUGCCAAUUUUCCUAUACGCUAAAUGGCUGAUAAACUAAAAGAAAUUGAAAUCAAUAAAGUGACGUGGAAAUCUAUAAGAGAAGACGGUCUUGACCUGGAUUAUGCUGUAGCAAUACCGAGAGCAAUAUCAAAUACAUUAUACAGAGAACUCGAAAACACUUUAGAAUAUUUUACCGGUGAUUUAUCGAAAAUUAAGGUAUUUGGAAAAAUAUAUCCUUUACCCAGACAACAAGUUGCGUAUGGCGAUCCAGGCAUAACUUAUACCUACUCAGGAAUAACCGUGCCGGCAUUACCUUGGCCUACACCCAUCUUAGCGAUAAGGGACUUGCUUUUUAAAUUUAAGGGGAUACUUUACGACUUCGUCUUAGUGAACAAAUAUAGGAAUGGGAACGAUCAUAUGGGUGAGCACAGAGACAAUGAACCGGAUUUAGAUCCCAAUUGCCCGAUAGCGUCAGUGUCACUUGGACAAGAGAGACCGUUUGUGUUGAAGCACAAGGAUGCUAGGAAACUAGGACCUAACAGGAAACAAAUACCACAAGUGAUGAUCAAUUUAGAGCAUGGCAGCAUUCUCUUAAUGAAUCCGCCCACAAAUGAAGUCUGGUACCACAGCUUGCCUGUAAGGAAGAAACUGACUGGUGCAAGAAUUAAUCUCACCUUUAGAAAGAUGCGCGUAAAAUUAUAA